AUGGCAUCCACAACGAACCAGGUCUGGACGCUGCCGCGGCCGUCGGAGCGCAAGUCUUUCGACGACCUCAAGCUCAAGGAGCGCCCCAUGCCCAAGCCGGCGCCGACCCAGGUGCUGAUCAAGGUGCACGCCGUCUCGCUCAACUACCGCGACCUGAUCAUCGCCCAGGGCCAGUACCCGCUCGAGCAAAAGGACGACGAGCUGAUCCCCGCCAGCGACGGCGCGGGCGAGAUUGUCGACGUCGGCGAGCGCGUCAAGGCAGAGGGGCGCUGGAAGGCCGGCGACCGCGUCAUGGGCAUCUUUACCCAGAAGCACCUCUCCGGAUCCACGGCGCGCGCCGCCGACCUGAGCUCGACGCUCGGCGGCGGCGUCGACGGCAUGCUGGCCCAGUACGUCGUGCUCGAGGAGUACGGCAUCGUGCGCAUCCCCUCGCACCUCUCGUACGAGCAGGCCGCCACGCUCCCCUGCGCCGCCGUGACGGCCUACAACGCCCUCUACGGCAUCCCCUCGCACCAGCUCCGCGCCGGGGACACGGUCGUGGCGCAGGGCACCGGCGGCGUGUCGGUGUUUGCGCUCCAGCUCGCCGUCGCCGCGGGUGCCCAGACGGUCAUCACGUCGUCGUCGGACGACAAGCUGCGCAAGGUCGUCUCGCUCGUCCCCGAACCCUUGCGCCACCUCGUCCACACGUUCAACUACAAGUCGGACCCGCACUGGGACAAAAAGGUGCUCGAGGUCACCGGCGGCCUCGGCGCCGACCACAUCGUCGAGGUCGGCGGACCCGGCACCCUCGAAAAGAGCUUCCAGUCGGUCAAGCAGGGCUCCGUCAUCUCGACCAUCGGCUUCGUCGCAAAGGGCGACGGCGAGCCCGUCAACGUCGCACUCCACGCCCUCGUCAAGGGCGCCAUCUUUAGGGGCCUCCUGGUCGGAUCGCGCGACCAGUUCGAGCACAUGAACGCCAUCCUCGAGCUGCACAGGAUCGUCCCCGCCGUCGACAGGGUGUUUGACUACCACGACGCCGCCAAGGCCUACCAGCACCAGUGGAGCCAGGCCCACGUCGGCAAGGUCGUCAUCCGCGUCGCCGCCUAG